GACUCCAUGUUUACCGACAAAGUUUAUGAUGGAAUAAAUGUGUUUGUUCACAAUCCGGGCACAUUUCCCACGUACGAGAUUAGCCACAUGCCAACCAGCUUCCCCCUGCGUUACGGACAGAUCGCGCAUAUCGAGAUCUCGGGACUGCAGUACACGUCCGACAUGAGUGGUCGCAAGGCCUGCAUCAAGUCCACGGCACCCUAUCGUCAGGAGGACUGGAGUCGGCGCAGGGUGGCUGGCGCGAUCGGAACCGCCCUAGGCGUACCGCCACACCUAGUUCGCCUCUCCUCGAAGCGGGAGUACCAUAAGAGGCACAUUGAGAAGGAGCCAUUGUUGCCUGACUCGCAGUCCGCCAGGCGGCCACUCCACACGAACAAACGGCCUCAGCCCCCGUGCGAGUCGGUCAAUGGACUGGUGUGGGAAAUGGGUGCAGUUACUGAUAUAUCCAGUGACCUCUUCUACACGUACCACAUAAACGACCUGGCCCCCAGAUACAAGCGCCAGGAUGAACGGCUCACAUCUUACAGGCGUGAGAGUACCCGCAGUCAGGUUAAGAAAAAGCCAUUGCAGCCUUACUCUCAGACUGCCACCCAGCCACUUCACAGAAACACAUAA